AUGUUGCUGCAGCAGUUGUUCAACAUUGUUCUCUUUCCGUGGCCUUCAUUUGGCGCCCUCUGCAUUGAUGGGAACUGUGAGGAGUUCAUGCAGUGUGACGAACAGUCAGGUCUACUGGAAGCGGGGGGCUACACCUGUGUCCUAACAAGGGGAACAGCUGCCACUGAAGAGCUUCAAUGUCCAAAUGGCUCGUUCCUCCUUGCUCAGCUGGCUUAUGGCACCAACAUACGGAGACGAUCAUGCCACACCAAUCAUGUGACCAAUGAAAACAAUAAAGCUUACUGUCGCUACAUGGAGAGCCACCUGGCAACCAUCGCUAACAAAGAUGAGGACGACUUUCUAAGAGGCCACGCUAUCAGAAGGGGAAAAGCUGAAAGUUACUGGCUUGGUGCGACUGAUCUGAACCUGGAGGGGAGAUGGCUGUGGGAGGGACGGCGUCCUAUGGUCUACAGCAACUGGUCUCCACAUCAGCCUGAUAAUUACAAGGGGAGAGAACAUUGUCUGGAAAUGAGACGGUCCUAUAGUAAUUAUUUAUGGAAUGAUGUUCCAUGUUAUGCUUUCAAUGGUAAGUCGCACUUCAUUUGCGAAAAGGAAGUCUGAUGUCAGUCAGUAACAUCUAUUGAAGUCAGUGGUAAAAAAACUUCGACUGAAA